AUGACUCGGGGCUAUUUCGAUCAGUAUAGCCAACUGUCGUCCAUAGACCAGAGAAAAAAUGUACUUAUUGAGGAGCUUCUCCAACGUGUAUCCGAGCUGGAAGAAGCGUAUCAGCGAGAGAAGCUUGACCAUGAUCGCGAGACUCGCUUUAAUCGUGAUAUCCAGAUUCAUGAAAUGGAGUUGAUGGACCAGAUAACCAGAAUGAAAAACGUUAUGGUGGGCCUUUCUUACUACCUCUGUCCCACCCAGGCGACUGACUUUCGGUUGGCUUUGCAGGAUCGCGAACCUUUUAUCGUGGCACUCUUAGACGGAGCUGGGAUGAUAUUCAAGGACGAGUUUCUACAACAAGGAGAACAAGGUGGACUGAAUGCGGCAGCGAAGCUUCAUUCUGCCUUGUAUGACUAUGUCGCGGGUAACUUUCCAGGCAUCAAAUCACCCAAGAUAAUAACAAAAAUCCUGGUCAACGUGAAGGGAUUAGGUGAGCUCUGUGUUCGUGGUGGUGUUACCACCGAGCUUUCUUUGAUCGAAGAUUUUGUCCGAGGCUUCAAUACUAGCUUUCCACUCUUUGAGAUGCUGGACAUCGGAACUGGAAAGGGAAGCGCUCAUGAUAAGAUUGCAGAGGCGUUUAAAUUGAAUCUGUACAACUGUCACUGCCACCAGAUAUUCCUAGGGUGUUCGCAAGAUAGCGCCUACGCCCGGAUGCUAGAAGAUAUCCUGCGUGAUACGGAUCUUAGAGGACGGGUGUCCCUGAUCGAAGGGCUUCCAUUUGAAACGGGCCUGGACUCAAUCAAAGCGUCGUACAGAGUAACUAGAUUCUCCGAUCUAUUCAGAAAUACAAAUAUAACCGUGUGGGCCCCUUGGAAAGCUGCAGUGGCUAGCAAACCGCGCUCUCUCCUCACGUCAUCACCAGUACCCCAAAGUGUUUCUCUUUCGCGGACUUCAACCAAUACCUCGUCCACAAGCGAUAGUGUACCAUUCUCGGCUACGUGUACUUCCGCCGCUUCCUCGACUUCUGGAGAAUUCCAGAUUGUACGUACCAGAUCAUCUCCUAAAACCCCGACUCCUAAAAUCGUGGAACGGAAUAAAUACGGCCAACGCGUAGAUCGAAUUGAUUUUAGGGACCUCCCACGCGAGGAAGUGACCCGCUUGAAGAAGCUGAAGCUUUGCAACUACCACUUUCUACAGGGCGAAUGCCCAAAUGGCUCCUGCAGCCAUGACCAUUCGCGCAAACUAACCAAGAGUGAGCUUCAUAUCCUGAAAGCCAUUGCUCGCAUGACCCCCUGUCGUUAUGGACUGGACUGUGAUGAUCCAGAAUGUAUCUAUGGACAUCGCUGUCCACAGAGCGAACCCGGUAGAACGGGUUGUUACUGGGGGUCAAAUUGUCGAUUCAGCCGCGCGGCGCACGGUGUUGAUAUCAAUAUCGUCAAGGUUACCAAAGUCUAG